AGUGCUGGAAUAACUAUUCAACGGAACAGUAAAGUUUUUAUAGACAAUGACCGGCAGUGAGAACUUUACAGCGCCAGGAGUGUCCCAGGAAGAACAAGCUCAUAACAAUCUGAUGAUGGUGGUGGCCACCUUGACUUGGCUGAUGCUCAGCUGCUUAACGCUCCUCAUUUACUGCUGCAAUUACUGGCAAAUCUUGAGGCCCCAUUCGAGACCAAGAAACCAAGAGGCAUCCGAGGCGCAGCAGAGCACGCUGCUAUCAGUGGAAGAUUAGCCGGGAAAUGCAAGGAAACUCAUAUCAAAGCACGAAGGAUAGAGGACAGAACAACAGGACAACACAACAGCUGUCGGCCAUCAUUCUUGGUCCUUGACAUUGGCCAUAUGCCUCUGUGCAGCAGCUUUCAUUUCCAUUUUCCAUUUCCGUUUCCGCUAAGUUAAUUCCACACGACAACAGAGAAACAAAAAAUGAAACCCUACAGAAACGGAAAAUUCCAUGUGUUGCUAUUUCCCUUCUCCAUUCGCGUGUCUCCCUCUGCGCUUCUGGCCGCUUAGCUCUCCUUUGCCAAAAAAUAUUUUAUUUCCCUCGGCUGCCAGGCAACCGAAACAGGCAACAAAAAGCGGGGCCAGCCGUCCUGAGAUAUUUGCAGCCCGAGUUUUCAUUUCUUUGGCUGGAAAAGUGAAAAGCAUCUUUUAUGCAAAUUUAGCAGGAGAGUGGAAAGCGGUGGGCGUUCCGGCAGACGGGCGUGGCAGGCCGGAGCCAACAUGACUUCCGCUCCUUAACUGGCUUAAUGCUGCUCGGGCACAGAGAAAAGAGUUCAACAAAGGUAAUGUCUAAAAGGAAUCUCGAAAAUGCUGAAACAUUAUUAGAUUAAAGCUGAGCAAAG